AUGUUCUGGAGUCCUUUCACCGUCUCUCAAUUCGACGAGAUUGUUCUUGCCAAUGAGACCACUGUCGUUACUCCUCUUGGCGGUUAUCAGUAUGUUCCCAUUGAGACUGUCGAGCCUGGUAACGACAGGUCCCUUGAGCCAUGGACCGACUGUCUGGUGGUCGUCAAUGCUUCUUUCAACGUCGCACAGUACGAGGCUUACUCGCCUGUCUUCAUGACAGCAACCAUGGCUGUUGUAUAUGGUGUCUAA